CAGGAAGGCAUGGAUCCCACUGAAGAAAAAACGAGCAAAACAGUCGACAUUUACCGCGAUACAUGGGUCCGCUUCCUAGGCUAUGCAAAUGAGGUUGGGGAGGCUUUCCGUGCCCUGGUGCCAGUGAGCUUCGUAUGGGGCAGCUAUGCUGUGGCCACUGCUUACGUCACUGCUGAUGCUGUGGACAAAGGGAAGAAAGCAGCUGUGGCACAUGGGGACAACCCAGGUAAGACAACCCGGGUAGCAGUGGCAGUGGUGGACACGUUCGUGUGGCAGGCCCUCGCCUCUGUGAUCAUCCCCGGCUUCACCAUCAACCGUGUGUGUGCUGGGUCACUCUACCUGCUGGGCAGAACCACCAGGUGGCCCCUGCCCGUCCGCAAGUGGACCACCACAGCUAUCGGCCUCUCCACCAUCCCCUUCAUCAUUACUCCUAUAGACAGGUCAGUGGAUUUCCUGCUGGACUCCAGCCUGCGGAAGGUCUACAAUGAGGAAGAGAAGCACAAAUAAUGAGGGAUCAUGCAGAAGGCAGACUGUCCCCUCCCUGGUAGAAACCAGUCCAGUCUGUGUAGACCUGUAGUGAUUAUUCACCACUGUGAAGCACUAAAGAAAUGUAUAUGGAUUUCAAGAAGCAAGAUUUCACAGCUCAUCAAAGAUAGAAAUUAUUAAAGGGAUUUUAUUGCAAAAUUACAGAGUUUAUAUAAGCAGGUUAAGUUCUUAAAAGUGAAAUCCUGUUUCUUGAAUUAUCCCUCUAGGGAUACUCAACUUAAAGCUCUCAGGGCAAUCUGGGUAGAGGUACCAAAAAAAUGUUCAAAAAGAAAUGUAGCUGUAUGACAAAAUGUAUAAAUAUUGAGAAUGAAAAAGCGACAUACUGCUUCUUAAGGUAUUCUUCGGCAGGGAUACAGUGUACUGUUAUAUUCCUGAGAUUGUCUGUACAGAGAAACCCUCCAAGGUUGCCCUCUGUUAGAGUUAUGAGCUGUUUCUCUGGUCUCACCUCAUGUCUGGAUGUUUAAGAGAUUGCAUACAAAUCCACACUUGCUGUGUUUUUUAGCCAUAUUCAGUGGUACUGUAAUGACAGGCCAAAAAGCCAGUUUGCCAUGAUUUCCCUUUUAUUCUUUACUCAUACAAAAUGUUUCAGUUUUUUGUUUCUAGCUGAAUAGAAAGGUGUCUGCUAUCCAGAAUAGAUGUUUUAAGUGCAUUCUCUAAUGCACUUUUUUCCCCCAUUGUUUCAUUCUACCUUAUUGUUAGUGAUGGGAGCUGUUAAGGUUUGCACUGGGAGUCUUUUCACACCAUUGUUACAAUCAGUGUGAUUCUAUAUAUAUGGUCUAUUGCUCUAUUAAACUUAAGAAUACCUGUAGUAACAUCAAGUCAUACUUGUGCAGUCAGCCUCACAAGUAUUUGAAUGAUUUAUCACCAAUAUCUAAACUGUUGGUCAUAGUCAGAUGUUCUUAAUGCACAAUACUGUAACUUCUUGUAGUCUGACCAUGAUACACAAUAGUUUCUGACAUGUAUAACAAAUUUUAGACUUUAUUUAUAGACAGCGUGAUAUGGAGUAUACAGUUAGAGUAAAUUAUAGCUGAAAAAUAGAUAAAACCAUCAGACCUUGAAAUAUGAUACUUCUUCUCCCAAUAAACUUUAACCUGUGACUGUAUAAAUUAAACAGGUGAUGUAGAAAAGUAGAGUUCUCCAUCUAGUCCAAGUAUAUUUAAUUUAGUGUUGCACUUCUCAAAUAAUUGUGGAGGCCAGUGUAGUACCUAUGCAGAAAACGGUUUAAGGGAUUAAGUAAGAAAUGUACAGAUACUGUAAAUCUAUUAUUACCAAGGCUUUUCUUCAAGGAGCAAAGUAAUAUACUGUAGCUCAUGCUGAACUAUGCAAGGGAAAGAAUUCUUUGUGUACAAGUCUUUGUGUACUUUGCGAAUUAAAGGGAUUGUUCUUCCACUUUAGAAAUAAGAUAUGCAAAGUAUGUUAAAUGUUGUAAAAUGAAGGGACACCUGAUACAAAAUGUGGCUUGAAAUUUGGAUUAGCUGUCACUAAGACAAAGAACAUACUACAAAGGGAACGGUUACCAUCAGUAUACCAUUUUAGCAAUAACUAAUAUGUUUGCAUUACACCAUUUUCUCCUUGCUAUGGAGGGUGUGGUGCACUUUUUCAUGGAGGGAGAAGUCUUGAAAGGAAAGAUUGUGAAAACUUGGGGUGUACCAAUGAUGAUGUUUUUACUUGCUGGUACUAAAGCAACCUAUUUAACAUUAUUUCAUAACCAAAUCAGGCCAGUUUUAUUGAACAGUACUUAUUUUUUAUUGGCUAACAAUUUAGUAUGUGGUUAAGGCUUCAGUGAAUACCAGCAAUAUUGUUAUGUUUACUUUUACCUUAAGUAAGUAUAAAAGUAUAGACUUUUUUCUUGCCUGACAUUUGACUUGCCGUAGCAGGAAAAGCACAGAUGUAAAUAACAAAGGCUUCAAAAUCAAAAAUCUACACAUAGUUUGCUUAAGUGUCCCAGUAAGCCCUACCAGUCAGCAAGUGUACUACCAGUGCUCUGCAACUGGGAUGCCUCAACUGAAUGCACCUAUUAUUAAUGUUAUUACUCUGCUAUGACACGUCAAAUCAUCUGAUUUAAAAGUCUUAUUGGUGCAUCCCAUAUUACAUUACAUACAUACUUAUUCAUAUUCAAUUUUAACAUCUCAAACUUUACACUCAGAACUUCAUUGUAUUUUUUGCUAUUGUUGCUUGCUGCAAAUGAAAAGGAAUUGUUUACUGUAACACUUUUUUUUUUUUCUGAACAUUUUUGCUAAUUUUCAUAUGCGGCGGUGUGUUCGGAAGUGGGUUAUAUGAGUCACACUUUCAGCCUUAACUGAAAAAUUGCCAAACCUCAAACUCUGUUCCGUUUUCAGUAGUUCACCAAGUGGAGAUUAUUUUUUCAAAUGUGAAAGCAACUGUUGAAAGCUCCAUCACUUACAAUGAACACAGUUUCCUUCCUAUUCCUGUAACAACUUCUCAAACACUGGAGAAAAAAAACUUGUAAAUCUGUUGUGAAAUAAAUUAUAUAAUGACAGAACAACAUGUCUGAUUUCUCUUUUCAAACAUCACAAAACAGCAUUAAGACUUUUAGUUAGUUACAUAAGUAAGUCUUUAUAAGCUAUUUGCUCUGUUUUUAACAUUCCUGCAUUUAUCUUUAACAGCACAAAUAUUAACAAGUAAAGCAGAACCACUUUUUAGCGUUGGGAAAUAAUGAUUGACCGCUCUGUUUUGGGAAAAAAUGAGCAAUUAUGUAACUAAACACAAUCUGCAGCAUGACCUCCUUAUGAGAACAUCUUGAGAUUUUAAACAACAGCGUGACAACUUGCUCUUCGUGCAGGCUGUUUCCACUUCCUGAGAAACCUACCAUCACUUUCAGAUAAAAGAGGUGAAAUUCAGGGGACGGUUUAACCAAUCGGAUGGAAGCACUCUGAAGCACAAGAGUGCUGUUGCAGUAAUUUAUCUUGAUUGAGUCAGGAGGCCACAGCUGAUGCCAAUUCAACAGAUGAAGUGCACACAUAAAAGGCAAAGGAAAUCCAAGCACUGGUACGCACAGUCAUGCUUCUUCUUAAUCUUGUGUUUUUGGCUCUUUUGGCCCCAUCAAAUGUCCAGUCAGGCAUUCCUCGAUACGUCCGGGGCCAUUGGAUUCUCAAUGAUGACACUCCACAGUAUGAAGAGGUUGAUAGACAGGUUGAUAGAGAAUCUCCAGCAGUAGAGGAGGUGGUGUGGCCCGAGAGCCCAGCAGUGCUUCAACAGAUGAUGUUGGAGGACCAGACCUUAGUAACUACAUUAGAGCCAUUUGUUAUGAAGGAGCAAGAUUCAGAUGAAAAAGGAGGAGAAUCAGCCGUGUGGAAGAUGGUUCUUGUCGCAGCUGUCCUGCUGGUGUCUAUAGUGGGGUCUCUGAGCGUGGCCUACUACCUGUAUGUCUGGAGAGGAGGCAGGAUUCACUAUCAGCCUCAGAAAGAGAGUUAUCCUUAAAUCUGAAUAAAGUGACCUUUUCUUCAAUAAGAA